UAACAAGUGUAUAAUUAGUAUUAAAAAUGUUGUGUAAAGCAAUUAUUGUGUGUGUAACCAUUAAUUUUGCAAUUUCAUAUGGUUUUGAUGGUAUAGCCAACACUGAUGGGACUAUUAGGACCCCGACACAAAACGCUCAGAUUAGUGAAGCGGGAAAGCAUAUCGUGGCCAAAAUUAACGAGGCCCGGGCAUUGGCCAAAAAGUACGACCACCUGAUUGUCGACAACAUGAACGUCACGGAAGCCACGAAACACAUCGACGAUAUCCUCACGAUCUUUAUGGACGUCACGUACGACUUCGACAGUUACGCAUGCGUUGAGUUGGACGAAAAGGACAUGGGUCGUACUGUGGAAAAUAACUGCUACGCCCUGAUCACUAAUAAAAUCACCAAUACCAUCAAGGGAAAAUACGAGCUGGUUGUCGGUGAGAAGGCAUAUAUGGUGACCGACUCAGUCACUAACGAGGAGAUUAAGUACGAGUUUUUCUUGGGUCCCCUAUAUUUCGGGGUCUAUCGGAGUAAACCGUAAUUUAUGGAUUAAUAUUGUAUUUUGUAUUUGAUUUGUGAUUAAUAAAUU